UCUAUUCUCCCUGCUCCAUCACUUAGCACGUAUUUGCAAUUACUCACUACGUUGAUGAACUCCCUUCCCAUAUUUGCCCUCGACGCUUCAGAGACACCUGGUCCAGGAGCAGGGCCAUCGGAUUGGGUGGACGACUAUGAUUCUGAUUCUGACGCUGCUCCGCAAGUUUCCGUUGUCACUUCUUUCACUGCCCAAGCUGUUUUACCCAGACUUGACCUUCGCACUCGGAAGCGCUUGCAGACGCUCCCAUCGUCUUCCCACCUGAACGCUCUACUCAAAGCCAGCCAGCGUUACCGUGGCGUUCUGUCUGAUUUAAUGUCCUUCUUGUUGGGCGUAUGCAUAAUAUGGCCUGCUCAAAGAAGCAAGGUAUUAGGCAGUGUCUUGGUAUAUGGAGGUGGCGGUAUUGUGCGUGAAAUUUACCGUGAACAUGUCAGAAAUUCGCCUCUUG